AUGGGGCAGCAGCUUCCGGCUCUAAGUCAGUCACUGCUGGCGGAUGCGGAAGGGGAGGCGGAGCGCGCUGGUGAGAGGGGAAAGGGCGGAGCGGCGGAGAAGGGUACGGCGCAACGCGAAUCGGCGGACGGGGCGGCGGAAGGGGGCAGAUUGACGCAGGAUCAGCGCGCGGACAGGGGUGCGGAGAUGCGUGGCGCGGGGGGAGGAGUCACGGGUGUGGGGGAAGAGGCGCAGAAAGAUCCGGAAAAGCGCGGAGAGGCGGAAGCAGCCCCUUCGGCGACUUCGAAGGCGCAAGGAAUGGGAGAGGAGAGGGGGGCUGCGGGAAAAGAGGAGGAAGCGGUAGCAGGUGGCUCAAAUGAGAAGGAGGGUGUGCGGAAAGAAGCAGCGCAGGCGGAAGAGAUGAGGGGAAUGUUGGGGAAUGUUGGGAACGUGGUGUUGGUGGGGGGAGAGGAGGGGGAAGGGGAGGGGGAGGGGGGAGAGAAGGAGGAGGGAGUCAGGAGGAGCACGGGAACCACACAAGGCGGAGGCCUUUCUAGCGCUGAGGCAGCGCGGUUGGCGCAGGUGCCGGCGCAGCUGGUGGUGGGCGUGAUAGAGGAGGCGCGGCGGCGCCAGCAAGCAGUGGAUGAGGCGCUGCUGGAGGAGCGCCUCACGCUCGAGCAGUUGGAGCACGAGCGUGCAGUGCUGGAGCUGCAGCAGCGCAUACAGGGCGCAGAGGCGCGGGUGGAGGCAUUAAGAGCAGCGCGGGAGAGGGAGAGGGAGCAGCUGCAGGCGCAGGCAGAGCGCGUCAAGCAGGACUUGACUGCCCGCCACGAGAGGGCCCUGCAGGACAAGGAGGAGGAGGGAGCAGCGAUGGCAGCAGAGGCGGGGGUGGUGGCAGAGGCGAGAGCAGUGGCGGGCAUGGCUGCUGCAGAGGCGCAGCACACGCACGAGGUGGAGCGACUCAACCUGCAGCUGGCAGCACUACACGAGGCCUUUCGCACGCGGUCAGAGGAGGAGAGGAAGCGACAUGCUGGGCACUCCCUUGCCAUGCUCUGCUUCGCUCUAGAAGACGCUGCUUUGAACGGCACUCCCCUCGCCCUGCCGCCCACAUCCCUCCAACCCUCCUCCCUCCCUCUCUCCUUCUCCAACCAACAAGCCACUGUUGCACCCACAACAACCAGUGUCAGCGGCACUAGCGGCAGCGCAGGUGAAAACGCAGGUGUGGUGGCAGCAGAGGCACCAGCAGCAGAUGCUCUCGUGGAUGCUGUGUUGGCCUCGCUGCCGCCCCCUGCUGCUGACCAGGGCGUGCCCACGCCAGCUCAGCUGCGGCAGCAGCUGACUGCGCUGCGGCUGUCGCUGAGUCAGCUGGGGCUCAUGCCACCUCAGGGCGCCGGGGUGGUGGCUCAUGCCUUGGCGUUUCUGGCUGCGAUGAUCAAGCUGCCUGAAACGGGCACAGAGCUGCCGGGAGGUGGGGUGGAGGCAGCAGUGGCUCAGGCCGAAGCUCUGAUGCAGGGUGGGCAGCUGCAGGCAGCGGCAGAGGCAUUGGAGGGGGCGCUUGCGGGGACUAAGGCGGAGGAGUUGGGUGGGGAGUGGGCGCAGAAGGCCAGGGAUAGAGCAGUGCUGGAGCAAGCUGUUGCUGUGAUGCGCGCUCAUGCCGCCACUGUGGCUCUCUCGCUUUCCUGA